AUUGGAAAAAUAUUGAUUCUCUAAUCAAACUUUAAUCCAGUAGUCGGCAAAUUCUUGAUAUCAGAUUUACAAAAUUUCAAACCAGACCUCCUAAAAUCAUCAAGCUGUCAAAAUGAUCGCAUUAAAUUUGAAUGUAACUCCAUCUUCCAACUGGUAUUUCAUCGUUUCUUCAUCUUCCAGUCUCUACCCAGAAUCCCAAGAGAAUCACCAUCAACAACAACAACAAUCAUAAACGUUCUACUCCGUUUUUAUUGACCCAUAACAUCCAAAAAGGGUUACACUCUCUCGCUCUUGUAAUUGAAUUUUUGAUCUCAAAAACCCACAAAAUUUCUGGUCGGAGAGAGAAGGAAAUGGAAUCGCCGCCGUCGACGAAGAAGAUAGGUCAAGGAGGCGGGUCUUCGGAAAGCGGAGGAUCGGAGAGUGGGGCGGAGGAGAAGGGGUGUAGUCGGACGAGGUUCGAAUACUUCGGUUGGGUUUAUCAUUUGGGCACCAAUUCAAUUGGGCGCGAGUUUUGUCAUCUUCGAUUUCUAUAUAUUCGUGGGAAAUACGUGAUGAUGUAUAAACGCGAUCCUCAUGAAAACCCUGGCAUUAAACCACUAAGGAGGGGUGUUGCUGGGAACACACUUAUGGUGGAGGAGCUAGGACGAAAAAAGGUCAAUGAUGGUGAUCUUUAUGUUCUAAGGUUUUACAACCGACUAGAUGAAGAGAAGAAAGGAGAAAUUGCUUGUGCUACAGCAGGAGAAACCCGAAAAUGGAUGGAAGCAUUUGAUCAAGCAAAACAACAGGCUGAGUUUGAGCUAUCUCAAAGUUCCACCAGACACAGAUUGAACAUGGAGAACGAGAUUGAUCUUGAAGGGCGUCGCCCAAGGGUAAGGAGAUAUGCACAUGAUCUAAAAAAGCUUAUAAGAAUAGGACAUGGUCCAGAGUCACUUGUGAGAAGAUCAUCAAACUUGGGUAGACAUCAAGGGUCUAAUGAGUUCAUGGAAGGUGAUGCUGCAGAUGUCAUUGAAGCACAUGAGUGGAGAUGUGUUCGUACAAUCAAUGGUGUCAGACUCUUUGAGGAUGUGUCUGACAACAAGUCGCGCAGCAAAACUGUACUUGUGAAGGCUGUUGGUGUUGUGGAUGCAAGUCCAGAUACUGUUUUUGAGGUGGUUUUGAACGUUGAUAGACAUAGAAGAUAUGAGUGGGAUGCAUUGACUGGUGAUUUAGAGCUUGUAGAUUCUUUAAGUGGUCAUUCUGAUGUUGUUUAUGGAUCUUAUGAUUUCAAAUGCUUAACUAGUCGAAAACUGAUGUGCUAUUCUUAUAGAUGGCAGUCUAAGUGCGAUUUCAUAUUCUCUAGACAAUGGUUUCGUGGGCAAGAUGGAACAUAUACAAUCUUGCAGUUUCCUGCAAUGCAUAAGAAGCAUCCUCCAAAAUCUCGACAUCAAAGAAUAAAGAUUAAUCCUUCUUCAUGGGAGAUUAGGAAUCUAAGAGCUUCAGUUGGAUCACAUGGUGAUAGAUGUCUUGUAACACAUAUGUUAGAGAUAGAAUCAAGAGGCUGGUUUAAAUGGAAAUGUGGUCAAGGCUCAAAGUUUGAAAAUUCGAUUCCUUAUGCAUUAUUGAACCAAGUUUCAGGUUUAAAGGCGUAUAUUGGGGCAAGCCCUGGACUUACAUCAGAAUCAUCAACAACACUUGUGGCUUCAAAAGGCUCUGAUGUUUCUGGAUCCAUUAGUGAGUUUGAAGAUGCAGAAGUUGCUGAAGAGUUUUAUGAUGCAAUUGCUGCUGACUCAUCAUCCUCAUCAUCUUCAGAUGAUGAAGAUGAUGAGAACACUCAACUUGAUAGCAAGGGCCAAAGAGUGAAGCUAAAGAAUGUUUCAUGGGCUAUUGCCCGAUUGGCUCUAACAGCAAAGAAAGCUAUGGAUGGAAGCCAUGAGUUAGAUCCAAAUGUGGAACCAGUUAAUCUUGAUUCUAGUCUGUUUCAUGGAUCAAUGCACAAAGGGAAAAGUGAAUCUGAUGCAAACUGUUGGACAUCUCCAAGUGGUGCUGGUUUUAAGAUUAGAGGGAAGACAUAUAUGAAAGAUAGUACUAAGGUAGCAGGAGGGGAUCCCCUUUUGAAGCUUAUAGCAGUUGACUGGUAUAAACUAGAAACUUCUAGAAGUAAAGUGGCUUUGCAUCCCAAAAGCCUUGUACAGUCAGAAGCUGGAAAAAAGCUUCCAUUCAUCCUUGUAGUCAACCUGCAGGUUCCAGCAAAACCAAACUACAGCCUAGUUAUGUAUUAUGCUGCAGAUAGGCCUGUAACUAAGGGAUCAUUGUUGGGUAAGUUUAUUGAUGGAAAUGAUGCAUUUCGUGAUUCAAGAUUCAAAUUGAUCCCAAGCAUUGUACAGGGAUAUUGGAUGGUGAAACGUGCAGUCGGGACAAAAGCUUGCCUAUUGGGAAAAGCCGUAACUUGUAACUACCUAAGACAAGACAAUUUUUUGGAGAUUGAUGUGGAUAUUGGUUCUUCAUCCGUUGCAAGGAGUGUCAUCGGUAUUGUUCUUGGAUAUGUAACAAGCCUAGUCGUUGAUCUUGCCAUCUUAAUUGAGGGAAGGGAGGAGAAAGAAUUACCAGAGUAUAUUCUUGGAACGGUGCGAUUAAAUAAAGUGAAGCUGGAUACUGCUGUUCCUCUUGAAGGUUGACAUAAAAAAAAAUGGUGAUUAUGAUGUGUAUAUGAAUUCACGACUCUAUUAUGGCCUAUAUAUAUUGACUAUUGAGCUCCCCCCAUAUGCAAAUAAUGCUUUCAACACAAGGGAAAUAGUGGUUGGCCUCCAUGAAUGCUUGAAUUUGGCAUCAAGUUACGACUGUCCAUUUGUUGUACAAUCUUGAGAAACAGUAGGCCGUUUUUGUGUUUUUUUUUUGGAAAUUAUAUGAUCAUCAAACGUGUUAGCAUUAAAAUCAGCCAUUUUAUUUGCUUUUAUAAUUAGAUGGUGUGAUCUUUUGUACA